AUGGACAAGGGGACAAACUUCGAGCUCCAUGCUCUAAUCAAAUUCAACAUGGUGCCGAGUCCAGUUUCUACUUACUUCAUAACUCUGGAUACAGUUACCCGCCGUCCGCUGCAAACCUUUCAGGAGAGACCACCAAUAAUAGCCCCUUCAUACAUAUGCAUGGCACUUGUACGGAAUUGCCUGAUUGGCCCUCAGAUGAUGAUGCGUUCAAUGAUAUACAACGCUUUUCCUUGGUGGAGGGAUCAGAGUUGCGAUCCGCUUAUUGGAUUCACAGAUCUCUCCAAUUUGGAGAUUGUGAAAGUGGCAAUAGAAACUAGAGAUGGAGAUGUGAAUGAGAGACUCAAGGCCAAAAAUGCAAUCUUCUACAUAGCUUUUAAGGGCUUAGCCACCAAUAUAGCUUUUAAGGGCUUAGCCACCGAUGGUGGUCUUGGUGAGCAUGAUUAUGGUAAGCAUGUUGUACGCAAAGCUAUCAUUAAAAGAUCCGUCCAUGAGCGUACAGGAAACUUGUCUCUCCUGGGUGACUUGGACAAGGAAGAAGAAGAGUUGAAUGUUAUGACUUGGCAAGAAUUCCAUAAGCAAGGUCUGCAGAACAGAAAAUGGAUGACUUGUGCAAGGAAGAAUAAGAGUUGA